GGUAAACUAACCCUAUGCGAUGAGAAACAUCUAUGAUUCAUAUUAAACAAAAGUCAUAUUCAAAAUAACAAUGACGGGUGGCACGCUUCCAUAACUGAGACCGCGGCACAUUUAUGUAGCGCGUGAGGCUGUGUCUUACAUGUCCCAACGCCCGUAUAACAGAAACUAUGCGGAACUUGAUAUUUUCACAAAAGUUUGGUACAAGACUCUUAUCUAUCAAGAAAUAUGAAUAACGUUCGUCUCCGAGCUCGAAGCGCGAUAAUUGCAACCGAGCGCGAUCAAACCCCUAGCUGGAACCCUUUCCUACGAGGUAGAAUAUGGGCUGACAAUGGCUUCGAUGGGAAUCGCCAUAGAAGGAGGGAUGAGGAAUCCGGAAGGGCAGAAAGUAUUACGCAUGCUACACCUUCACGCUUGGAACCAGCUCAUACACUUCCGGAUGCUGAAAUCGCUGGGCUUAGCCCUGGUACCGAGUCUUUAUUCACCACAAUAACCUUGGAUGAGAAACCUUUACGUCCACCGUCCGCUGGUAACCCAGAUAUUGAGGAGGCUACGGGCGCUGUCCUCGGAGAGCAUCCCCGGCAUCGCUUUCCACGCCCCUCUCCUAUCCCCGAAGACAAACCAAACUGUGAAAUUGACAAAGCAAACGAAUAUGCGAGAAGGCGCAUAUCAAUAAAUAGGAAGCUGAUCAAACAAAUAGCGGCAAUUUUCUGCUCAUCAUGGUUGUUGCUUCUUCUCCCAUUUGUACCCGCGGGGUUUGCUUCAAAUUAUACCAAUUUACCACCAGUCGUCAAUUUCAUAUUGAACUUCAUGGCGAUUUUCCCAAGUGCUUCCAUUGUUGCUAUGGCUAUGGAUGAGGUGAUGUUACGUUUUGGAAAUACUGUGGGAGGAUUGAUCUACAUGACUUUUGGAAACGUCGUACAAUUAGUGAUCUCGAUUCUUCUUCUCAAGACUCGACAAGUUGAGAUUUUGAAAACCUCACUAGUUGGGGGAAUUCUGGGUGGAGUUCUCUUGAUCAUGGGUGCGAGUUAUUUUGCAGGUGGAAUUGAUCGACUAGAGCAGUCUUUCAAUGUCAGCUCUGCAAGUUAUGUCGCUAAUUUCUUAACUUUAUCUGUGGCGAGCUUGAUCAUCCCAACAGCAUCUCAUGUUUUUGCAAACUCGACCCCGGAGAAUAUUGCCGCACAGUCCAGAGGAACUGCGGUUGUCCUGUUGUUUGUGUAUGGCAUCUAUCUAUUUUUUCAACUGAAAACGCAUUCCUAUGUCUUCAAUCCAGAAGCUAGCUUGUAUAUCAGAAAUGUACCACAACAGACUGUCAAAGGCUCCACGGAGGACACGAUCACUAGAAGCGAGUCUUCUCCUUCACCGGCCGUUGGUUUCACGGGCGAAGAUAUAGAGCCUCAUCUCUCUAUGCCGGUCGGUAUAACCACCCUUAUUAUCGCAACAGUUGUUCUCGCCUUUAACACUGCAUUUGCCGUCGACAGUAUUGAUGGUCUGACAGCACAUCACGCCUCACCCAGCUUCGUUGGUCUAAUACUUCUUCCUUUUCUCAAUAAUGAUCUCAUGCCAAUUACAUGCGCACGAAUGGAUAAACUAGACUUGAGUAUCAUGGCAUCGGCCGGUAAAUCUCUUCAGACUUCACUGCUCAUCACGCCUCUGAUUGUGAUUAUUGCGUGGAUUUGGGGUAUAGACGAUAUGGGUUUAUUGUUCGACGGGUUCCAGGUGGCGUCGCUGUUCAUGGCUGUAUUGCUAUUCAAUUUCCUUAUUGCAGGAGGAAAGAGUAAUUACUUGCAAGGUGUAUUGUUACUUUCGAUCUAUGUCAUGAUAGCCAUAGCAGCUUGGUAUAAUUGAAUUUCAGGUCUGGGUGUCGUCAUGUUCUGUAAAUCAAUGUCUAUGAUCAAUGCACACCUUCGAAUGCACACAUAUGUAUUGUUGGAAAGAGAUGGCACGUGCACCUUAUGUGCCCAUAUGUAAUAUCUUGCACUUCCGAGUUUAGAUCUAGAUCCACAUAGCAAAUUCUAUAUAGUCAAUAAUACAUGCAUUCCA